AUGGGCUUACUUACCAGAAAACCGCUUUCUGAAUCAUUCAGACAAAGCUCGAAUAACAACAAAAAAAACCUUUCAUGGUUCCAUUUGCUUGCAUAUGGAAUCUCCGCUACCAUUGGAAGUGGUAUCUAUGUCACCAUUGGAUUGACAGCAAGGGAUGUAACUGGCCCUGCUGUGCUGCUUUCCAUCUUUCUUGCUGGAGCACUAUCUUGUCUGACAGCAUUGUGUUACCUGGAGCUAUCGAAUAUCGUUCCCGCAUCUGGAUCUUCCUAUAGCUGGGGGGUUACUUUCCUCGGCGAGGGCAUAGGCUGGCUUCUUGGGUGGAUCUCUACCCUGGAGUAUGCGUUUGCUGGCUCGUGCACGGCAGUAGCGAUUUCUCAGUAUAUCUCUUCUUUGUCGCCCUAUUUGGAUCCAUUACCUUUGCUUCGUGGCUCUGAUAAUCCAGACAACUACAUACUGGUAUUCAAUUUUGUCGCCCUUUUAAUUAUUGUUUUAAUUAGCCCCAUUGUGUUGUGUGGAAUUUCCUUUGGCACAAAAACCAACAAUGUGAUGGCUACCAUCAACAUCACUGUCCUUUCUUGCAUCGUGGCAAUUGGAUGUUUUUAUGUUGUCCCCGCCAAUUGGUUUCCGUUUUUCUUGACAGAUCCCUCUGGCAAGCAAGUGACCUCUGCAAGCGAGCAAGUCAUUUCUGGAGCCUUGAUAAUGAUCUAUUCUUUCCUUGGGUUUGACACCAUUUGUGUGUUUGUGGCCGAUGCAAUUUCUCCUCGACAUGUGCAAAUUGCUGUUCUAGGCACCCUUGCUUUGGCCACCACCCUCUAUAUGCUGGUUGCUCUAAUCAUUACCGGGAUGGUUCCGAUUUCUAUGAUCGAUGUCAAUACUCCUCUUUCUUCUGCAUUUUUGGAUUCUGGCCUUUAUGGUGCUCAUAUAGUUAUUAAGGUUUGUGCCUUGUGUAUGCUAUUGGCCACGCUCUUGGCUUGCCUACUGGGCCAGCCCAAAAUCUUUCAAGUAAUUUCUCUUGAUGGACUGCUUCCAAAAAUAUUUUCUGCCGGAUCGGAAGGGACAGGAUCUGUCCCUGUCCUGAACUCUCUGAUUUGCUGCACCUUGUCUGCAUUGUUGGCAACGUUUUUCAAUGUUUAUUCCCUGGUAGAAAUUAUUUCCACCGGAGCUCUGUUGGUAUUUACGACGAACGCCUCCUCCGUUAUUAUAGCAAAAUCGGACAAUUCUAGAAAAUAUUUCUUGGUUCCUUGUUUUGUGUGUGGAAAUUUACUGACAUGGCUAUUGUAUCAGUCCUCUUACUCCGCAAUUUUGACUGCCAUAGUUGGAGUCGUUUUCACUGGAAUGCCCCUUGCUGGACUAAUCUGGAUCUUCUAUGCACAAAAAGGUGGGCCGAAAAACCCAACAAAUCUUGGAUACGGAUCUGAAAACUCGUCGACAUUUUGUCCAUGGAUGCCUCUUAUUCCCUGUCUAAGCAUUGUGGGGAACACAUUUAUUAUGUCAACAGUAGAAAUAAUUACAUGGAUCCAGCUGCUAUCUUGGAUAUUUAUCGGUGUUCUUAUAUACAUAUUUUAUGGAUAUAAGCAUUCGCUGAUCGGAAAACCAGUCCCUACGAUGACCAACAAAGCGGCAGAGAUACUAUCAUAG